GUCACAAUAAACGAUGCGGCCGCCGAUCGCUCAACUCGACCCGUCCCUCGCCCAGAUUCGCAUCCUGCAGAUCGAACCAGAAGACCACCACGGCGCGAUUGACACUCAACUGAGGUGCCAACGGCGCGUGGUGUCCCUCGACGACAAGCCCGCCUUCGCAGCCCUUUCGUACGUCUGGGGCGACCAGAAAAGCCACAAGUCCAUCCUUGUCGACGGCGAGCCUACGCCUGUCACGGAUAAUCUUUACGAUGCCCUUCUAUGGUACCGCUCCUGGAAGCCGGACGUGCCAAUUUGGGCCGACGCCAUCUGCAUCAAUCAGGGAGAUGUGGCGGAGAAGAAUCAUCAGGUCGGCAUGAUGGCCCGCGUGUACGAGCAAGCAGUCUGUGUCGUCUGCUGGCUAGGGCCUUCGACACCGCGUAUUGAUGCAUACCUCGAUCGCGGGGUCAGGCUGUGUGCCCAGGUUGACCGCUCUCCUCUGGAUAAGCGGUUGCGAGAGAGACUAGCAUGGGCGCUGUUCCGGUGCAAGUCAUGGCUCACCAUGAAGUCCAGUCUAGAGCAGGCCCGGCAGGUCCUAGAGCUUGUCCUUGGCCAGGUGGAGUUCUUUCAACUGGCCUACUUCCAGCGCAUGUGGACGUUCCAGGAAGAGCUGCUCUCACCCACAUCCAGGGUCGUCUAUGUGCUCGGCAGCAACGUCAUUCGCCAAUACGAUCCACGAGAACCAAGGAAACUGAGGAUUCCUAUAUUUGUAGGGAACAAGAUGAACAGUAUCAAUCCUCGAAACCCAAAUCUAGAUGAAGUCGGGAAGCGAGUCGUCACACUGCUAGAGGACCCAAACUUCCUGCGGAGGGACAUUGUAAUGGCCAAGAUCACCGAAGGGAUCGCAACCUCCAGGCGUCUCAAUGUCACAGAUCGCUUCGAGCUCCUGGUGCUGCUGAGUCUGACCCUCUCACGCAAAUGCAAGGACCCCAGGGACAAACUCUUUGCUGUCAUGGGCCUCUUGGCUCCUGUCGAGACUGUCCUCGUCGGGGGCCAGAUUGCAACGCAAGACUCAUGGGGCGCUCUCAGUUUUGAGGAACAAGAUGAGCUUCUGACAGCUGCACGGGAACGAUACCUUGCGGUAGAUUACAGCAAAGACGUCAAGCUAGUCGUGCUGGAUGCACUUUACUAUAUUCACCACUAUGAGAGCGACACUACCAUCCUGUCCAGACUUAUCUCACGGUACCCGCCCACUGGUCCCUGGACGGCGGCAAUUCCGCCGGACGAUCCGCGUUAUGAAGCUGGAACCUUGGCGCCCCAAGCCUUGCCGUCUUGGCUACCAAAUACCUCGAAGCCCCUCCGUUCCACGAUAUUUCCUUCUAUCGACCUUUCCAAGGACGAGACCUCGAGUGUUGGGCACGUGAAAUGGACCAAGACCCACUGCGAGGGCCGAACACGGGACAUGCUUCGGUUCCGCGUCAAAUUCCUGGGCGAGGUGAUAAUGCUCAGCGCAUUCCCUAGCACCACAUCGAGCAUCGUGGACAUGGUGAUUUCGCUGCUCGAGGAGGCCAGUGAGGCAGAAAAUGCUGCUCGCGACGCGAAACGGGCCACGCGAUCCUUGCAUGAUCGAAAAUUGCAACCGCACCAUGGCGGAUAUAACUUCGCCAGCUUGGUCGAGCACAUUUCGCCGACACGUUUCCUCGCAAGCCGCCUGGAUUACUUCUUCAGGUCGGCCGGGGAUUCCAGCUGGAGCCAUGACACGCCAAGGUGGACCGACGACUGGUAUGCGCUUCGGCGUCCACUGCAGCCGGCACCGCCAGACCGCGCUCCCGCACAACCACCGCCGCCAGCAUCACCACCCCUCGAUGAAGAACGCGGUCCGGAACCGACCAACGAGGCCCCAUCGCGGGCCAGAGCCGAGACACUGCACGGCCUGGCUGUUUUCGUGCUGGACACGGGACGGUUUGGCGUGUGCGCAAACACCGUCAGAGUUGGAGACCGGGUCGCGCUGUCAAUGGCGUGGGAGACUUGCCUGGUCUUGAGGGCCAUGGACACGGCUGUCUUCCAGGGCUACCAAGUCGUCGACUACACUACUGUUGAAGGCAUUGGAGGCUGGGUUGACAAAACAUACGUUGAGGAAGUGAAAAAAAUGCGGGUGGAAGAGGUUAAUGUGUUGUAACGCGACUAGAUGCCAAUGUGCUUUGUUUUGGGGGAACCGCAUGUGUAUGUGUGGUUGAAAAGUGGCCGAUUUAUGAGAACUGUACUCAGUGCCUCGACUUUGAGCGCCUUCCUUCAUUUAUCCAGCCUUUACGUGACCAUGACAUCGAUUCUCGAAAUCCUCACUAUGUAUAAAGUGCUCCUCCGAAACGUCCUGAAAGGGCACACCAAGGGCACAAUGAGAACA